ACUAAAAUAAUGACCAGCAUGGGCAUGUCACGAUGGUCUCUCUCUACUAUCAAGUCAGAGGUUACAAAUGUUGUCAACAGUCCUAGCAUUCCCCACAUUGACAAAAUUCCUGGAGGGAUGACAGCAGGAAUGGCUUUGUACUUCCAAGGGGUUGUAACAGGAAAAACGUUUGCAUUUAAUAUUGUAAACGGGCUGAGGGUUGAUGACAACAUCGCUUUUCACUUCAACCCUCGCAUCAGUAAAAUGGUGGUCCAAAACAGCCGCAGGAAUGGCAGGUGGGAGAAUGAAGAACACACUUCAGGGUGCCCCAUUCCUACAGGAUCAGCCUUUGAUGUCUUUAUUGUGACCAAAUCGGAAGGGUAUGAGGUAUAUGUAAAUGGUCAGAGGUAUUGCCUGUUCAAACGUCGCAUGGAUUUGGGGAACGUGGUUUCACUUUACAUUGCUGGCGACGUCAUGAUGAACAUUGUUGGUAUUGUUGGAAAUUGGAACACAUCUACAUUUGGUAAGGAACUAAACUCUGGCACCUCACGCACAAAGCUUUCUGACAUCCAGUCUGAUGUGCCACAUCCAGUCUGCAACCCUAGCAAACCAUAUUUGGGAUCAAUCCCUGGAGGCUUGAGACCUGGUGUGGCUUUGUUCUUCCAAGGGGUUGUUACUUCAGAUAGUGAACGCUUUGAAAUAAAUUUGCAGACCGAGGAGAAGUACAUCGCUCUCAACUUCAACCCCCGUUUGGACUCUAACUCUGUGGUCCGUAACAGCCACAGGAAUGGGAGUUGGGAGAGGGAAGAAGUGACACCAGGAGGCCCUUUUGUCAAAGGGGGAGCCUUUGAUAUCAUCAUGGUUGUUAAACCAGAAGGAUAUGAGGUGAUGGUGAAUGGCCUGGAAUACUGCACGUUCAAUCACCGCAUACCAGUGGACAAAGUGACUACACUUGGCGUUAGGGGAGACGUCUUCAUGAACACCGUCAGCAUUAUUGAAGUGGAUGAUCUUAAUCUGAAAGUCACUAUUCCUGCCAAUAUUUGAGGAUUUGCAUCUUCCCCAAAGGCACAGAAAAUUUAAGAGGGUUUUGUUGUUGUUAUUGUUGUUGUUGUUUUAUAUAUUCUGCUCAAGUGUAUCAGAAUUCAGCAGUUCGUGGACAUGAUUUGUUUUUUUUAUUAAUCAGUCAUUUUUUUUGCUUGUGCAUUCUUAUGAGAUUUGUGUUGCUUAUUAUUGUUAGAAAUGAAUGCUAUAUAUUUUUUACUGCAGUUGUAUUGUACCUUAAUACAGUAAAUGAUAUUGUUAAUUUGCAUUAUUCUAUAUAUAGACACAGAUGAAGCAGAAAUUAGAGAAGGUCAUGAUUGAAAUAAAUAAAUGUAGGUAUUCUAUAUCAGUGGAUGAGCUGUGUACUCCAUCAAAAGACAUAUCCUUUUUACUUGAUAAACCCAUUUUCCAAUAACAGAGGUUUUAAGUAAAAAUUCAGUGCAAUAGAGGUCUGGUAAUUAGCUAUUGUAACAAAACAAGUGUUCACUUGUUAACAUUUUCCUAUGAUUAUUUUUUUUCAAUCUGAUUAACACCAAAAACAAGGUUGUAGUUGACACAGUCUCUUAUUGAAGUUGUCAGUUCCACAUUAAAUACUGAUGCGAAUACAAUAUUGCACAGGUAAAGAGUACUCUUUGCUCAUUUUUAAAAACAUGAUCCAUGUGCAGUAUUGUAAAACAUAAAUGAAUUGGCUAAUUAUACCUCUUGCCCAAAUGUGUUUGUUGUUAUUACGAAUCGGGAAACUAUUUACUUCCUGAUUAAAUUAUUUUA